GAAGCUCCAUAAAGGAAGUACCGCAGUGUCUUCCACGCUCACUGGUGCUGCGUGGAUGUUAACGUUACCUGGAUUUUAAUCAACUAAUUAGUGAGAACGGGAGUAAAGUCGUAUUUUAAAACAUUUAACUGGAAGCAGAAUGGCCUCUGAUUCGGGCUAUGGUCAGCAUGGCGCUGCACAAAGCUAUGGAUCGUAUGGCAAUCAGCAGAGUGGACAGGGUUAUGGUCAAGGAAAUGGCGGUGGCUCCUAUGGGGGACAGAAUUAUGGCAGCUAUGGACAGCCAGAGGGUUUUGGCCAGUCUCAGGGAGGCUAUGGGCAGCAACAGACCUAUGACAGCUAUGGACAGCAGGACUCAUCUGGGUAUGGUGACAAGACUUCAUCUUAUGGACACCAAGGGUCAGGGCCCUACGGGCAGCAAGGGUCUUACGGUCAGCAGGGCUCCUAUGGUGGUCAGCCACAAGGAGGAGGAGGAGGAGGAGGAGGAGGCGGCGGCGGCUUUGGAAGGCGCAACGAAGGUGAAGGUGCUGGUCAGGGUGGGAGGUUCGGACGUGAUGAUGGGGACCGCUCAGAAGGAGGAGGCUACAGAGGCCGAGGUCGUGGUGGCGGUGGCUAUGAUCGCGGUGGCUAUGACCGUGGCGGUUAUGACCGCAGUGGUGGCGGAUAUGAGCGUGGGGGCGGAUAUGACCGCGGUGGAAGAGGCGGACCUCCUGGUAUGGGAGGUGGUGACCGUGGUGGCUACAAAAAUUUCGGUGGCUCUCGAGACUACGGCCAAAGGGAUGAACCAGCUGGGGAAGUGGACAACUCCGACAACAACACCAUCUUUGUCCAGGGACUGGGAGAAGACGUCACAACUCAGCAAGUGGGCGACUUCUUCAAACAGAUUGGCAUCAUCAAGGUCAACAAGAAGACUGGCCAGCCGAUGAUCAAUCUCUACUCUGACAAGGCCACUGGCAGGCUAAAGGGAGAGGCUACUGUGUCAUUUGAUGACCCACCUUCCGCCAAAGCUGCCAUUGAUUGGUUUGAUGGCAAAGAGUUCAACGGAAAACCCAUCAAGGUAUCUUUUGCCACCCGGAGAGCUGAGUUCACACAGAGAGGUGGAAGAGGGGGCAGAGGAGGUUAUAGAGGUCGUGGCGGCGGUGGUGGACCUAACUUUGACAUAAAGGGAGGAGACUGGCCAUGUCCCAACAGCUCUUGCGGUAACAUGAAUUUUGCACGGCGGUAUGAAUGCAACAAGUGUGGCGCACCCAAACCAGGGGAUAGCUUCGGAGGUGGAGAUCGUGGUGGCAGAGGUGGUUAUGGUGGUGACCGAGGUGGAUUCAGGGGUCGUGGAGGUUUCCGUGGUGGAGACCGUGGAGGCUACGGAGGAGGUGGCGGUGGAUAUGGAGGGGGCUACAAAAUGGGAGGAAGAGGUGAGCACAGAGAAGACAGAAGAGACCGGCCAUACUAAGAGUUGUUGCAGACUGACACCAUUCCAGCCCAGGGGUUAGCAUUGGUGGGACUGUUGAGUUGGGGAGGCGGGGGGGUUUGAAGAAAGAAACGGGGAGGGGGGGUAGAUUGUCUGCGACUGACACUCUGAUUUGCAUACCUUUCAUAGCCAGUGCACCCUAAUUUCUCUCUGGUGUGUCAGUGAGGUAAGGACGUGUGCAGUUACUGUGAAGGGACUUUUGGGCUGAUUGGCAGUGUUGGCGUAUGGUCAGAUGUUUUGUUUUUGUUUUUGCAUUUGAUUUUUUUUCUUUGUUGCAUUUCUUUGUACAUCUUUUAAUUUCUCUAAUUCUAGAUUCAGAUGUUUUGUGAGGUAGACCCUGUACCAUUGUUUUGUAUGAAUGAAAUAAACUGUUUUACUUGGGUU